AUGUCUGUAUACACAUCCUUGAUCUUUAACAAUGUCCCUUUCAUAACGCCUCAUCUUGAAUCUCAGUACCUUUCUGAAAAAGUAAUAUCAGCUGCUGUGGCAAUUCAUGAACCACAUUUUAAAUCCGGCAUAGUCCUCGAGCACGUCGGCCUUCUUGUAACAACCGCUUCAAACCAUACAUUCUUAAUUCAUUCAUGUCCUGUACCUCCAGCUUAUGGUACAAUCAUCGAUCUGUUCACUCCAGAUCUUUGUAAAAAAUAUCGUUUCACAAAUUUUUACCUACCAAAGGACGACUUAAGAGUACAUGAUUUUUAUGUAACAUGUGGAGGAGAUAAAAAAUGGGGUUGGGGAAUUGAUAAAAGUGGAACUUGUACUGAUAGUGUUUGGAGAAUGUUAGAGGCUUUAUUUUGUACUGAAGAAAAAGAUAUUUUGAAAUUGGAAUGGGCAAAAUUACAAAAAGGAAAUUGGUUAAGCAGGUUUCUUACUAGUAUUUUUGUAGACGUUUCUUAUUUUUGGAUCAUGAAGUUAUAUUAUGGAAAUAAGAGAAUUCAAUGA